GGAAUACAGAAACUCAGAACAAAGUUUAACCACACAUUUGCUAUGUAAACUUGUAAGGGGACCAUGACAAGAAUGUGACUUUCAACAUGUUAUAUUAACAAGUCCCUAUAAAGAUGACAUGGGAUCUUCCUCAAUGAUAGGUGCUGAAGAGGAGAUGGAAACAACCAAUGAUAGUGCAGGUGGAUAUUUCAUCUUAGUGGGCUUCUCUGAACGACCCAAGUUGGAGGUGAUCCUCUCCCUCUUUGUUUUGACAUUCUACAGUGUAACCCUUGUGGGUAACAUUGCCAUCAUCUUACUGUCAAUCCUGGAUGUUAGACUCCACACACCCAUGUACUUCUUCCUCAGAAACCUCUCUGUGCUCGACCUCUGCUUCACCACCAGCAUUGUGCCCCAGAUGCUGGUGAACAUGUGGGGAGGCAGCAAGAAGAUUAGCUAUGCUGGUUGCAUGGUCCAGUACUGGGUGGCAUUGGCACUUGGCUCCACUGAGUGUGUCCUCCUUGCAGUGAUGGCAGUUGACCGCUAUGUUGCAGUCUGCUGGCCUCUGCGCUAUGCCUCCAUCAUGCACCCUACACUAUGUUACUUCCUGGCAGCAGCUUCUUGGUCCUCUGGCUUUGCCAACUCGUUUCUGCAGUCCUCGAUGGCCAUGGUACUGCCUCGAUGUGGAAAUCGGCGUGUGGAUCAUUUCUUUUGUGAGCUGCUGAUUAUUGUGAAGCUGUCCUGUGUGGAUACUGGCCCAACGGAGUCCAAAAUGUUUAUUGCUAGGCUAAUCAUCCUGGGCAUGCCUGUUUCCAUCAUCCUGACUUCUUAUGUGUGCAUUGCCAAAGCAGUGCUGAAAAUGCGUUCUGCAGAGGGCAGGAAAAAGGCAUUUGGGACCUGUGCUUCCCACCUGAUUGUGGUCUCACUUUUUUAUGGAACCAUUAUGUUUUUGUAUCUGCAACCAAAGGACAACUAUUCACAGGACCAGAGCAAGGCACUGGCAGUACUCUACAUGAUCUUGGCACCCACUCUCAACCCCCUGAUCUACACACUGAGAAACAAAGAUGUGAAGAAAGCAAUCAGGAAGGUGGUAGGGAAGGAGCAGGUUUAGGGAGGACAAGUGAGGCAAUCACAGGAGACACAACAGUCUCUGCUUCCUUUAACUGCACUUGUUUCACUUUUCUUCUAGGUGGAUUAGAAUAUCCACUAUGUUCCCUGACUAUUCCCAAGACUCCUUCAAGAAGGGAAUUUAUCAGAAGAACAUUUAACCUUUUCUGAAAGAAACUUGUGGCCAGGGAAUUUCUCACCAGCAAGCAAAUCUGCAUCCAACUAUUAAUGGAUUUUAGUCUCAAUGAACAAUAAUUUAUUCAAAUGCCAUCAACAAUAUAUAAAGUUGUUAUAAUAAUGCUGAUAAUAUUUUGCUGUAUUUAUUAAGUAGCUUUAUGGCCAUAGCAGAUUC